AAGAUCUCUGUAAGCAUCGAGAAUGACUCCGGCUGUGUCUUUCCCGCCUCGCAGUGUCAGCACAGUGGCCAUGAGAAAAGAGGCCUCGGAGCUCCGAAAAACUUUAAAACCUCUCAUGGAGAAGCGCAGACGAGCGCGCAUCAACGACUGCCUGAACCAGCUGAAAAACCUCAUCGUUCCUCUAAUGGGAAAAGAUAACUGUCGCUACUCGAAGCUUGAGAAAGCAGACAUCCUGGAACUGACGGUCAAAUUCUUGGCCGAUGUCCCUAAAAUGCCGACAAAUGAUGUUACAGUAAGUUACAGAGAAGGCUAUGAAGCGUGCCUUCAGCGGGUCUCUGCGCUCCUCCCGGCAACGAGCCUCGACCAACAAACCUCCGCACGCGUGCACGACUUCGUCCAGCAGUCACUGCGUUCGAGUUCUCCGUCCUGCAGCACGUGCAGCGCUCGCGCAUCCACCGCGCCAUCACCGGUCCAGCACGAGCGGCUUCUGAGCCUGAAAUGGAUCGAAAUCACUCGGAGAGAAAAGCGCGCGCGCGUCACACCGGAGAGACCCCAGGAUGCGCCACAGGCUGUCGCUCAGCCCAUGUGGAGACCUUGGUAGAUGCGGAAAGGCGGCGUACUGUUUCAUGCCACUUGUCAAAUAAUGUACAUAAACAGCCCAGAAAUGUGUUGUAAAUAUUUGCAGAUGUGUAUAACGUGCUGACUUGAGGUACUAAGUCAAGUUGAUUUACUUAAGUAUUGUAUACUUCUCGUUCGCUUUUGUCAAAAUUCGCUCGUUUGUAACUUUCGGUUCGUUUUCUUAGAGAUCCUGCGCGUGACCUGUAAAUAACUCGGUUAUUCGGUUUGGGCUUAAUUGGGUGAGGGCUUGUAGAAAACGCCUAUGUAAAACCCUGUGGGUUGUCCAGUGUAAAACCUGCACUUCCACUUCAGGAUUCUGUCUACUUCAGGAUUCUGAGUCUCUGCAGAUUAUUUUACUUGAA